GAUUUUCCCCCAUUUUCCCACUGUUUCCCACCGCCGGGCAGGUUUACCAACCCUCAACACCAACGCCAACUCCAUCUCGCUUUUCACAAGCACCACCCUAUUCCAGCGAGAGCCCAGACCUUCUCCAGCAGGGUCAGCUCUCAGAACGUUUCUUUCGAUCCAGCAGAUUGCGCUUCUAGAAGGAAAAGCGCGAAAGGCGCUUCAAUCCAUCCACCAUGUCAAUCGCCUCUAAGAACCUCUACGACCUCCUCGGCAACGACCCCGAGCAAGACCCCGAAAGGAAGACACCGGAGCAGCCCACCAAGGCCAUUGACAAGCCCGUUGCAAGGUCUGGCAAGCGCAAUGCUCCCGCCGAGGCUCCAGCCCGAGGACCCGCUGGCAACGCCAACGGUGGCCGCCAGCCCACCAACAACGCCAACGAGAACGCUUUCCGGGAUCGUGGCGUAGGAUCUGACAGGAACCGCAACAGGGGCUCUGGUGAACCCGGAGAGUUCCCCUCUCGUGGCCGUGGUCGCGGACGUGGCCGAGGCCGUGGUGGUGCUGCCGGUGGAGACCGCCACAGCAGGACCGGUCUUGGCGAGCACGAGAAGCAGGCCGCUCACGGAUGGGGAGGAAACGACGGAAACUCCGAGUGGGCCGACGAGAAGGCCGGAGAGGCCAUUGCCAAGCAGGAGGAGAAGGAGGAUGGCGAGGCCGAUGCUGAGGCCGCCGAGCCUGAGCCCGAGGACAAGACCCAGUCCUACGCUGCCUACCUUGCCGAGCAGGCCGAGAAGAAGCUCUCCCUUGCUGCCAGCAACGUCCGCAAGGCCAACGAGGGGUCCUCCAAGAAGUUCCCCGAGGGUAAAGCUGUCGAGCGCGACGGUGAGGAGGACUUCAUCGCCGGCUCCGGUGGCAAGGCCAAGCGUGAGCGUGAGCGCAAGCAGAAGGAGUUCGUCGAGCUCGAUGACGCCCACCUGAUCAAGCAGGACAACCGCGAGUCUUCUGGCUUCCGUGGCCGCGGCCGUGGCCGUGGCGAGUUCCGCGGCGAGGGACGCCCCCGCGGUGAGGGCCGUGGCGAGGGCCGCCCUCGUGGUGAGUUCCGUGGUGGAGAGGGACGUGGCCGCGGCGGACGUGGCCGUGGCGAGGGUCGCGGACGUGGUGAGGGCCGUGGACGCGGUGGACGUGGCGGCCAGGCUGGCCCCAACAUCACCGACUCCAGCGCUUUCCCCAGCCUCGGCUCAUAGGUUCAUUCGACAAACGUCUAGGACUACGUGCGUCUUCAUCUUCCGCUGAGAAGUCAUGAGUGCCGAACAUUGAAACUCCUCCCCCUUUUUUCU